CUCACGGACUUAGAGUGCAGCAAACCCUUUGGUGAAGAAUUGUUGCGGACAAGGCUCAAACUGCCUAUGAAAUAAAACGUACAUUAGUCUUGUGUGGUACCGAUACACCGAGGACAUUGGUUAGGUCACCUCACACCAAAAAGCGCUGGGCCGACGAGCUGUCAAGAAGACCGUUUGACAAUCAAACGGUAAAAUGAAGUAGCAGGUUCUCUUCAGUCUAUGGGCUCUCAGUCCAGUUCUGGGAUGUCUGGUGGAAGGGGCUCCUCCAGUGGCAACCCAGUAGACCAGUCAGAACCAACAGAACCGAACCAGAGCAGCAGCGGCAGCCGAGGCCGCAGGACGGCUGACAGGCAGCAGGGGGACAGGCAGUCAGCAUCAGAGGAAGACGUUGAUUUAGCCGAAGUACUGGCUUACCUACUGAGGAGGGGCCAGGUGAGGCUGGUCCACGGCAGCGGGGCAACAGGGCUUCAGCUGGUCCAGUCAUAUUCAGACUCUGAUGAGGAUAGUGAUGGAGCUUGGGAGGGCCGCCUGGGAGAUCGCUAUAACCCCCCUGUGGAUGCCCAGCCAGACACUCAAGAAGUUGACCGGAGUGAGAUUCGAACUCAGAUCCUCCUGGCCACUGCCUCCUCUGGGCUCAAGGGCCGCCACAGCUUCACCCACAUGCUAGCAGAGAGGGAACAAGGCAGAUGUAGAGGUUCCAGCUUUUCCCAUGGAGAGUGCAGUCGCAUUCGCACACAUUUCCUGCCAAACUACGUGUCCCACAAGGAUACAUACCAGCAGAAAGCUUUCUGUGGGGUGUACAGUGAAGAUGGCAACAUGUUUCUCUCUGCCUGCCAAGACCAGAACAUCCGCCUCUAUGACACCACCAGAGGACGAUUUAACCUACGGCGAACGGUGAAGGCCCGAGACGUGGGUUGGAGCGUGCUGGAUGUCUGCUUUACCCCUGACACACAGCACGUGCUCUACUCCAGCUGGUCUGACUACAUUCAUGUGUGCAGUGUAGAUGGAGACAGUGAAACCCACACCGCACUGGACCUCAAUCCAGAUGAAAGGAGGUUCUGUGUGUUCUCACUGGCCGCAUCUACAGAUGGCAAGGAGAUCUUGGGAGGAGCAAAUGAUGGGUGUCUUUAUGUCUUCGAUCGUGAGCAGAAUAAACGAACACUGAAGAUCGAUGCCCAUGAGGAUGAUGUGAACGCGGUGGCAUUCGCUGACAGCUCCUCCCAGCUGCUCUUCUCUGGCAGUGAUGAUGCGCUGUGCAAGGUAUGGGACAGACGGACGCUGCGUGAGGACAGGCCACAGCCUGUGGGACAGCUGGCUGGACACCGAGAUGGUAUCACCUUCAUCCACAGCAAGGGCGAUGCACGAUAUCUGAUAAGCAACUCGAAGGACCAGUCUAUCAAGCUCUGGGACGUGAGGAAGUUUUCACCCAAGGAGGGACUUGCAGCCUCGCGCCUGGCUGUCACCCAGCAAAACUGGGAUUACCGCUGGCAACAGGUUCCCCAGAGAGCCCUAAAAAGACACAAGCUAACGGGUGACACCUCAGUGAUGACCUACCGUGGCCACGGCGUUCUGCACACGCUAAUCCGCUGCCGCUUCUCGCCAGAGUUCAGCACCGGGCAAAGGUUCAUCUACUCUGGCUGCUCCACUGGCAAAAUCAUCAUUUACGACGUGCUAACAGGCAUGGUGGUAGCCAAAUUGUCGGGCCAUGACGCGUGUGUGAGGGACGUCAGUUGGCACCCGUACCAGGACAACAUUGUCAGCAGCUCUUGGGACGGAGCGGUGUGCAUGUGGGAGCACAGGCAAAUCCAUCCUCUGGAAGAGGAGAGAGAAAGGGAGAGAGACUGAUGGCCCUGCGAUGCCAGAACAGGAUUGAUUGACAAAAAGAGAAAGGGUAAGGAAAGAGAAGAGAGACCAGCAGACUGAUGUCAGAGGAAGUGACAUCACCACAGACAAGAAGAGGCUGGGCCUGACAGAGCGAAACGAACUCGUAAAGAGCAAGAAAGACUCUUGUGAUCUUUUGAAUUAAAUGCUGGAUAUUAGUAAUUAUAGCGUGGUUGUGAAGUGAUAAUUGGGAAGGAUUUGUAACCUUGUAUUGCUAAAGCUACAGAAUAGAACAUGGAUUUUCGUUUUAUCAACCAAGAAGAUGUCCUGUGUAACUUUUCUUUAUCAUCCACCUCACUUUGUCACAUGGACUGGCCAAGGCCACUACAUUAGGCCUGAAAGACCUAUACUACCGCUCACAAUGUUAAUCGCUUGUUAUAAUGGGUUAUCAAAAAACAAAACUGCAUAUGGACAGAACGUUUAUUAUGGUGUUUUGAGGAGAAAGCAGUUUCACACAAUUAACCGAAGUUGUAAAUUAAAUCAGCUGAUUUAAUUAAAUCAAGACAUUGCGGGGCAAAACUUUAAUGAUUGUGGCGAUAAUUCUGUGUCAUUGAUGUAAGAUAGAUUUAAGUUUCCCAGGCAUGUAAUCACGAUGUAAACGAUUCUGAUUUGUGAAUGACUUGACUUUCCAGCCGUCGUUGACAACAAGGGUCCUGGGUGACCUUAUCAGCGACCCUGAAUAAGCUCAACUUUGUGAAAACAGUGCCCUGGGUUGAACAAAGGAAAAGAAGAAAGAAAAAAAAAUAAUUUUUGUUAACAACAAAUGUUUUGAUUAAAUAUGCUGGUGUGUUGACAUGUUAUGGUCAGAGCUUGACAGAAUAGGGAAUGUGAGUACGUUAUGAAAACAUGCACAUCGUUAUGUGAAUGUUGAGUACGUUUCUAUUGAUGCCCAUGCGUUAGCCUCAAGCUGUUGUUUUACACCGACAAUAAAAUCUUUCUUUAA